GAUGGUAGAGAAAGAGAGGAGGUGAGGAUACACAUUAAGCAGUAAGAGACUCAGAGCCGAAGCUGCAGCAGAGCGCUGCGCUCCAACUGUAUGGAUGUUAAUAACACAGAGAAAUAAAAGCGGUUGGAGCGGAAAGCGCGUGUGGCUGUGCUGCGGUGGAUCCCUGCCGGCCACGGCGUGAAUGGGAUUACGCAGGUUGCUCCGGGUCCCCUGUCGGUGCUGCUGCUGGAGGAAACAUGGGUCUGCAGAGUUUUCCGGUCCCCCCGCUGCUGCUGCUGCUGCUGCUGCCUGGAAUUUGCAACGGCACAAGUUUCCCAAGUAACAUAAACAUAGGAGGCCUUUUCCCCACUGGGUCCCAUGAAUACGAGGUGUUUCGUUUCGCCCUGGCGCAACAUCAGGAUGUCCCCAAACUGGUGCCACAGGUGGACAUGGUGGACAUUGGGAGCAGUUUUGCCAUGACCUAUGCUUUGAUGAAGCUUUGAAAAGAGGCAACUUUUCGCCAACUGAAGUUAAUGAAGUCAGCAACAAUACCUGAUGCGCAAACACUCCCCUCUGUUGGAGAAUAAUCCCACAGCAGUGGUUCAGCUGCACUAGACCUGCUCCGAAGCCUCUUGUCCUUAAUUCUUCAAACUGCCGCCAUGAGCCCUCAGAUAGUGUCCUGGUCAGACAUGAUACUCUGAUGGAAAUUUUUCUGUUAUUGAUUGAUUUAGUGGCCUUCAAGAUGUUCUCUGUGCGUAAAAUUCAACCUGUCUGCAGCACUAAGUGGUCAAGUGUGUGUAAUCUGUUAAAGUGACGGAUGGGUGUCAUAUUUUGACCAUUUAAUAAACCAAAACAGAAAAUAUUUGGUUAAUGCGCUGACCUGUUGGUGUUUUUCUAUUUGGGUAGAUUGCAACAUUUUGUGCAAUACAAAUACCUGAAGCUUCACCCCUGCUCCCUCUAGCUCAGAUUAUGGAGAAUUACAACAGAUAAAUCAUGAUAAACAGUGUUUUCCUCAUAAAAGUAAUAGAGUAGUAGAGAGUAGCAAACUUGAAUUUGUUGUUUAGUGCUGCUGUUAACUGAUUAGGAUGAAGAUCAUGAGGUUUGCACUGAAGGUAGAACAGCGUAGAAAAGCAGGCAGAGGAAAAACCUAAGCCUUAAUGAAUCUGUUGCUGCAAUAAUAAACAGCAUACUGGCAAAGCAGCUAAAUGAAGUCAGCCUCUUUGGCAGAGUAACACAACAUGGCAUUCAUGCUUGUAAAUCAGGCAGAACUGAAUGGAGGUGGACUGAAUAGGAGGGAAAUGAAUAGAAUCAGCAAAGGCAGGCAGAGAUGGAGAGGGAAAGUGACACGUUAGCAGAGCCUGUCACACAGUUUUCAAUGGAGCUUUAACCCAAGUGUGACCUUGUGCUGACACAGACUCACUUUUGUUGAUGCUGCUCCAUAAACCUCUUUUCUGCUGCAAAUUAAGAGCCCACCAUGGAACAUUUUGUGAAAAAAUAAGGAGCUUGCCUUAUUUUUCAGCUUUGGUUUGAUUGAUUUUGGCUGAGUGGUUGGAAAUUCAUCAGCCAGCUGAGAGGAAAAUAAUGACAUGUCCUUUGAGUACAGAGUUCUUUGUCACUCUGACUAAAGUAAUUUCUCAGAAAGUUGAGUUGUUCUGAUACGUUCACCUGGAGUAAUGUCACACUGAGUUUCACACAUGCAAACUAGGAAUGUCAGUUGUAUUUAAGCUGGGAUAUAGAGUACAUGCCUCAUUAUAAAUGACAUGUUUAUUUGUAGGUGUUAAUUUUAGUGGCAAUUUAAGAUGGUGUGAAUCUAUAAUCUAUACUCAUCUUUAUAAAAAAAC